UUGACUUUUUUCUCUCAGUCUCUAUUUGUCUCUGUCUGUUUUUCUCUUUCUUUCUUUCUGGUUCUGUCUCUUUGUCUGUGUCUGUCUCUUUCUUUCUCUGUCUGUCUGUCUCUCUUUCUUUCUAUCUCACCGCUUCUCUCUUUCUCACUCUUUUUGUUUUUUCUAUCUCUUGUUUUUCUCUUUGUCUCUCCGUCCAUCUCUCCCUCUUUUUUCUUUCUUUUCGUCAGACAGACACAGAUGUACUAGUUUAUACUGAAUAUACCUUUAUGCCCUUGACUUUGCUAACUAACUGUAUAAAGAUUUGUUUUAUUUUGUCUCUCACGCCAGCUGGAACAUGGCCCCUAAAAAGCAGAAGGAGAGUCAGCGGGUGAACAUCUCCAGCUCGCUGGAGUCGGAGGAGAUCAGUCUGGAGACCACGGUGCCUACAGAGGACAUCUCGUCCUCGGAUGAGAAAAGCAGCACUCACAAAGUCACCAAGCAGGUGCUGGAGAGGAAGGAGCUUCUGCACAACAUCCAGCUCCUGAAAAUCGAGCUGUCGCAGAAAAACCUCAUCAUCGACAACCUCAAAGUGGAACACCUGACCAAAAUGGAGGAGCUGGAGGAACAGCUGAACGAUGCGCUGCAUCAGAAGCAGAUCUUCGCCCUUCGCCUGGACAGCCAGCUCAAAGUGCACCAGGAUGAGAACAGGAAGCAGCAAGCUCUGAUGAAACAGGAGAUGGACGCCAUUUUGGUGCGGCAGAAGCAGCUGGAGGACACCAACAGGCAGCUGUGCGAGCGGGCCGGCGACAUCCGGCGCAGCCUGAGAGACGUCGAGCUGAGCGAGGAGAAGUAUCUGGAACUGCGAGAUCUUCCUGAAGACAAGCUCUCCAUCCCCGAAUAUGUAGCAGUGCGCUUCUACGAGGUGGUUACGCCGUUAAGAACUCUAGUGACUGAGCUACAGGUGAAGAAGAACAACCUGAUGGACGACCUGGACAGCCAUCGCAAACAAAUCAAAUCCCUCAUGGAGAGCUAUGAGGACGAGAGAAGAGUGCGCUCUGAGCUGGAGAUCCGCUGCCAGAGGCUCACGCUGGAACUGGCCGACACCAAGCAGCUCAUCCAGGAGGGAGACUACAAACGUCAGAACUAUGACAAAGUGAAGCGAGAGAGAGACGGCUACGAGACAGAGGUCCGAGAGCUGAGGAAGAAGCAGGAGAUGAUGGACCUGACGCAGACCGCCCUGACCAAGGAGAGGAACGAUCUCAGUAAAGAGGUGGCCACACUACAGCAGUCUGUGACUCUGCUGCAGAAGGAUAAGGACUAUCUGAACAGGCAGAACAUGGAGCUGAAUGUGCGCUGUGCCCAUGAGGAGGAUCGUCUGGAGAGGCUGCAGACGCAGCUGGAGGACUGCAAGAAGGCCAGGGAGGAGGCUUACGACAAAUACGUGGCUUCUAGGGAUCACUAUAAGACCGAGUACGAGAACAAACUGCGGGACGAGCUGGAGCACAUCCGAGUGAAAACCAGCCAGGAGAUCGAGAGCCUGCAGCGCACGUCUAAAGAGCUGUACGAGAGAGAGAACAGAAACCUCCGUGAGGCACGGGAUAACGCCGUCCUCGAGAAAGAGCGAGCCACUGGGGCCGAGAGAGAUGCUCAGGCCAAAUACGAUCAGCUCCUAGAACAUUUCAGGCAGCUGCAGCUGAACUCCGACAGCCGCGCAUCAGAGCUGCAGAACCAGAUGAAGCUGAAGGCUUUCGAAGCCGAGCGCGCUCAGAUCGUGCAGGAGGAGACGGCCCGGAACCUCAGCCUGUGCCAGAUAGAGUGUGAGAAACAGCAGAAGAAACUGGAGGUUCUAACCAAGGAGUUCUACGCGCUUCAGUCUUCAUCAGAGAAACGCAUCACAGAGCUGCAGUCCCAGAAUGCCGAGCAGCAGGUGAGGCUGGAGACCUACGAGAAGCUGGAGAAGGAGUUGGACGACAUCACCAUGCAGGCAGCAGAGAUGGAAAAUGAGGACGAAGCCGAGAGGGUGCUGUUUUCGUACGGUUAUGGAGCGAACGUGCCGACCACGGCCAAGAGGAGGCUGAAGCAGAGUGUUCAUCUGGCAAGAAGGGUUCUGCAGUUAGAGAAGCAAAAUACUCUGCUAAGGAGAGACCUGGAGAGAAGCACCACCCAUACAGGGCAGAUCUCAGAAGAGCUGCAAGCAGCCAAUCAGCUUCUUCAGCAGGCUCAGCAGCCAUACAGUUACCUCAUCGAUACGGUUCGCCAGAGGGACACACAGAUCCAGUCACUAAAAGAGCGCCUCUCGCAGCUGGAAGAGGAAGUGAGUGCACUGAAGAAAGAAAGGGCAUCUUUGCUGCAGGUGAAAAACAACAUGGCUGCCGAUCUGGAGCGGCUCCUGAGCCACAGAGAGGAGUUGUCUGCGAUGAAGCAGGCGCUGGUCAGCAUGCGCUCACGGCAGAACCGAGAGCCUGAACCGGAGCUCAGCAGCAGCAGAGCAGUGGAACGGAGGCCCAGAGAACUCAGCAGAACAGCAGACGGGGAGCAGAACCAACUCCGACCCAAACCUACAGUGUUUGUGAGUGCAGACGAACUCUGUAUAAUAAACAAUACAAACGAUAAUGUUAAUGUGAGCACAAAAUGGCUUCCUGCCACAAGACCUGUAGCUCAGUCUAACAGACAGAGUCAUAAAUGAAAAGAAAUGAAUAUUAAUAAAAAUAUACACACAGUAAACACAAUUUGUGCUUUUUCACAGGUUUUGAUGUUAGAAUCGUAGUGCUGAUGGUUACUUUAAAACCGCGCUGUUGAAAGCUGAAUGCUGGUUGGUCAGAAGGUCUCGAGUAAGGUUUAUAUUAAUACAUUACUGUUUCUAUAGUAACAACUUACACCAAGACUUCAAUUACAGACACGAUACAUAAACAGAUUUUAAAAAUGUGAUGAAGUUUUCUGUAAGCAGAUGAUAAUUUAACAUCUGUGGAAGGAAGUAUCAGCGCUUUGUAACCAUCAGAGGCAAAGCUGUAACAGAGGGAAAUUCUUCAGCACAGAGGAGUUUAUGCCUUGUGAUGACGUGACCGUGGCUGUGGUGUUUUUGUUUUUUUUUUUGGUCUAUUAACUUCACGAGACAGAGAGAGAAAAAAAAAGAGGCUGGUGAGAAAAUGACUGUUUAUAGCUGCUAUAAUGUAAGUGGUAACGGGAGCUAAUUUUCUCAACACUAAAUGUACCUGUAACUUUUUUUUUUUUUUUUUUUGAGUAUCAUGAUGUAAUAAUUUGUGCAUGUAAGGCCUGAUCAUGUUCACUGUGAAUAUUCAGAGUGAUCUGAGCUUUGAGACUCAACUCUGUGAAGGAAUGCUUCCAAUACAAAGCUAAUAUUGAAUCUGGCUAAUAAUUUGUGGUUUAAAAAAAAAAGGAUGUGAUUCUUGUAUUACCCGUGGACCGUUUCACGUCAGCUUUCGUACUAUUUCUAGUAAACCUGUAAUUGGCUUGAGGUUGUUUGCUUAUGGCAGGCCGGGAUUUCGAACCUUUUAUGAAACCUCAAUACGUAGCAAAGUUCAAAGGAACAGCCAAAAUAGCUUGUUUUCUCUCUUUCACAGACCAAUAAAGAAGUUCCUGAGUGGCACAGAAAGCUCAAGGCGAAGUCCAAAUGACCAGCGGAGACUUGUUUUACCAGAGGAACGCAACGUACAGGUUUUAUUUAUGGGCACCGGAAUUCACUUUGUGUACAGUGUGUUUUGUACUUGUAAAAAAAUCUCAUUUUAAAUUAAAAAGAAUGCAAUUGUUUUUUUUAUUGC